UUUAAAAAGUUCUUUUCGUUCUAAAGAUAUUCACAUUUAAAGAAUUUCAGAUUUAAUUAUGCUGCAUAAAUUAUGAUGUCAUAUUUCAGUAAUAGCAAAUUUAGACAUUUUCUUUCAUCAGUAAUUGUAGACCUGUUAAGGGGUGUGCAUUCAAACUUUAUCAAUGCAUAGAUAUCAUAAAGGUUAAUUGAUUAACAUAAAUUUUUUUGCCAAAAUGACACUAGCUUGCUCGUCCCAGGCUUCUUAUUUUUUUGCUGAUGAACUCAUAAUUUGGAAAAGAAUAUUUUUUUUACUCUUGAAUAUAAUAUAUUCACAAUUGUUUACAGUUCCUUGAAUUUCAUUGGCUGAAAAGUACUGAAAAAGUCAAAGAAGUUCAACUUUUUGAAAGAACCAUAUGAGCGUAUUUUUAUAUCAAAUAGUGGUUCUUUCAUUGCGCAUGCUUGUGGAACAAGCUCUCGAGCAGAAAAUGCAGUCGUAUGGAAACUCAAACAGCUAGUCAAGCUUGACAUGACCUCCUAAUCACAAAUGACAAAUGACAAAUAUAAACAUGCAAAAAACUUUUAUCUAAGCAAAACAUUGCACAUGGUUUUCACACUUUGCUACGCCACUCAAUUGUAAUUUUUUCGAAUCUCCAUAUAAAUGUUUUGUCUGGAAUCAUAUUAUUUCUUAUCCUUUAGUUACAAAUUUUUAGCCUACUUUGGGAUCUUUGAGAUUAACUAUUGAUUACCCAUUAGGCGCCAUUAAAUAAACAGCGUUGCAUAUUGAAAAAAUCACUUUAUAUCUUAAUCUUAUAUUCGGGACAAACCUUAUUCAGUUUUAAAAUGGUACAAAUUCUGAAAGUACAUUUUACUUUUACUUAUUUUUUUCAGCCGUAUAAGUUUCAUAAGCUGGAGGAAAAUGUCUUGCUCAAUAGUGCCGUUCUCACAAAGGAAAAAGCCUUAAAAUAUUAUCAAGAAAUGGUCACUAUACGUCGCAUGGAACAAGAAGCGUCAAAAUUAUACAAAGAGAAAAUUAUUAGAGGUUUUUGUCAUCUAUAUUCCGGUCAGGAAGCAUGUUGUGUUGGCAUGAAUGACACCUUGACUUCUGGCGACAGUGUUAUAACAGCAUAUCGAGCGCAUGGAUGGACUUAUAUGAAAGGCCGAAGUGUAAAGGAAGUUCUUACGGAACUAACUGGACGUAAAACUGGAUGCACACAGGGGAAAGGCGGUUCAAUGCAUAUGUAUGGUCACGAGUUUUAUGGUGGUAACGGUAUCGUCGGUGCUCAGGUGCCAUUAGGUGCUGGGAUAGCAUUAGCACAUCAAUACAGGGGUAACAAACACGUCUGUGUCACAUUGUAUGGUGAUGGUGCAGCUAAUCAAGGACAGGUGUUUGAAACUUUCAACAUGGCCGCGAUUUGGAAGUUACCGUGUAUUUUUGUUAUUGAGAAUAAUGGCUACGGAAUGGGUACCUCCUCGUCUCGUGCGUCCUUCGUUGAUGAAUUCUACACGCGAGGCGAUUUCAUUCCCGGAAUACAAGUUGAUGGCAACUGUGUUAUCAGUGUUCGAGAGGCUUCGAAGUUUGCGGUUGAUUGGACGAGAAGUGGAAAGGGUCCGAUGUUGUUGGAGUUGAAUACGUAUCGAUAUUUUGGACACAGUAUGAGUGAUCCAGGUACUAGUUAUCGCACACGAGAUGAAAUUCAAGAGAUCAGGCAGAAGCGAGACCCGAUUACUGGUUUUAAAGAACGUAUAACCCGUGCAAACCUUGUGUCAUCAGCUGAACUUAAACAAAUCGAUCUAUCUGUAAAGAAAGAAGUGGAAGAAGCAGUUUUCGCUGCCAGGAAUGAUCCAGAACCACCAGUCGACGAUAUGGCUAUGUUUAUUUAUUCUGAGGGUACCAACGGUGAACGAGUCCGAGGAGCCGAUCUAUUUACCACCUUUCCAACUAACGAAAAACGAUAAGCAACAAACUGUUCAGGAAAUAAUUCUGUACAUUUUUAAAUCCUUUUGAAAAGUAUAAAUUAAAGUGUAUACUUUCUUUACAAGUAAAAGAUGUUUUGUUAACAGAUGUAUAUAAGACCUUCCCUUUAUAUUUAUUUUUUGUUACAACAGUAGUCAGUUAGUAAGUAAAUAAGUAAAGGGAAGUUUAAUGUCCUUAAGGAUUUCAUUCUAA